GGAUCGGCAGCCCAGGGAGCGUGAGAGGUGUUGGGGGAUGUAGGGCUCUCCUGCUGGUUAGGAGCCUGGGUUUGGGGUGCUGGUUUGGGUUUUAGUCUCUAGGUGAGAUAAUACUGUCCCUCGAACCCCUGCCUGCCCUUCGUCUGUGGCCAUCAUGAUCCCUCUUCUCUUUGGCAGCAGUCGCCUCGGGGCAGUGAUGUGCCUGAUGAUGAGCAGGAUGAAGUUAGAAAUGACUCCGCUGUUUUUUCUCUUUGCUCCCCUGCAAACCAGCACUGUGUUGUCUGUAGUUGAUUUUGCUGUUGGCAGAGAAAUCUCGUAUCUCUCAGGAUGUGCGCUCUUCCUUUGCGCUCUUUUCUCUGCUCUCCACCAAGUGUAAUAAUUCUAAAGAAAAAGAAAGACGGGCAACAUAACAAUAGUGGAAAGCUCAGAAUAAUAGUGUCAUGGAUCUGGCUGGGGUAAAACGCAAUUUGUAAUUUCAGCUUCUUUUUUUUCUUGUAAGCAGAACAAAAAUACCCCCCCCAUGGAUUGGGUUUGUGCCAGUUGCUCUUUAUCGUACACAUAAAUUGUGAUAAGAUUUGUUGUUGGUUGUUUUUUUUUAUUCUUACCCACUUAUUCCUGCGGCUGAAGGGCUCAAAUUUUUUUCUUCAAAAUUCUUAGGCUUUUUUUCUUGUUUUAUUGUAAGACCUCUUGUCCAGCCAUGGCUGGACGACUACUUACUUUGUUUCUUGACCCCUCCAAUGCGACAUUCUCAUAAAAUACUGCCUGAGGUGUGGUUUUGGGUUACAUUCGCGUUUUAUCUAUUCAGUCGUAUUAGCAGGAAUAAAGCGACUUGUUUCUGUUGUACUUGAGUCUUACGAAAAGGUGCCCAUAGUUUAGCGACAGUUUCCAAAGGCUUUAGUACCACCUGUAUUACAAAAUGGGGGACCCAAACUCCCGGAAGAAACAAGCUCUGAACAGACUUCGUGCUCAGCUUAGAAAGAAAAAAGAAUCUUUAGCUGACCAGUUUGACUUCAAGAUGUACAUUGCCUUUGUGUUCAAAGACAAGAAGAAGAAGUCAGCGCUUUUUGAAGUGUCUGAAGUGAUACCAGUCAUGACCAAUAAUUAUGAAGAAAAUAUCCUGAAAGGUGUGCAGGAUUCCAGCUAUUCUUUGGAAAGUUCCUUAGAGCUUCUGCAGAAGGAUGUAGUACAGCUCCACGCACCCCGCUACCAGUCUAUGCGCAGGGAUGUGAUCGGCUGUACCCAGGAGAUGGACUUCAUUCUUUGGCCUCGUAAUGAUAUUGAGAAGAUAGUCUGUCUCCUGUUCUCUCGGUGGAAGGGAUCUGAUGAACCCUUUAGGCCUGUUCAGGCCAAGUUUGAGUUUCAUCACAGUGACUAUGAAAAACAGUUUCUGCAUGUUCUGAGCCGAAAGGACAAGACUGGAAUUGUUGUCAACAACCCUAACCAGUCUGUGUUUCUCUUCAUUGACAGACAGCACUUGCAGACUCCAAAAAACAAAGCUACAAUCUUCAAGUUAUGCAGCAUCUGCCUGUACCUGCCACAGGAGCAGCUCACUCACUGGACGGUUGGUACCAUAGAGGAUCACCUCCGUCCUUACAUGCCAGAGUAAGGUGCUGGCCAGCAAAAUGGGGAAGAUCACAGAAUGCAGCAGUGGAUUUUCACGUUCCUCACCACUUUAUUCUUUCAGAAUUUAGAAGAAAAUGGACUCAUGUUCAGAACACUAUACAUUGUGAAACUUGAUCAUCCUGGAUUUUUUUUUUUGUCAUUUGUAUCUCAGAACUUUACAAUUUUUUUUAGAUGUUUUCUGCAUGGACCUUGUGAAAGAGAGGAUGCUCUGCACGCUUCUGCACUGCAUCAGCAUCUUACUAAAAUGUGAAAUGAAGGGACUGUACACUGAAACAAAUGCAUCCGAAAGCACAAGGUGAUCAUUUGUGGUGGUGUUCCCAUUUGUGCUGGUCAUUCCCCUUAACAUCUAUAAUGUUAACCAUCAGUAUUUGGAGGGUGAGAAGUGAAUGUAACGGGUAUAUGAUUGUAUCAAAGAGCACUAUCAUUCAUUUUAAUGAACAGAGAAGUGGCUAUUACAAUAGGAAGUAAGUGCGGGAAAGAAAUCUUUCGUUUAGAAAAAGCAUCUCAUUUAAUGUGUAGGCAUUUUUUGCCUCUUUUAUUUUGCUGGGCCACGUCUGAGUUUACUGGCACUUUCAUGUUGGAUCUCUUUCCCCAAGUUGCUGUGUAACUGUACGAAAGUAUUCUUUUGAGUUGGAUACAUUUAUGCAGAUGAGGCAGACCUGGAGUCUGAAGUUGCUGAAGCAGCUAGAAAUAAAGUAAAAUAAUAGCUGCAGAAACAAUGUUAGUAGAGGAUUAUUUUUUCUUGAGAGUUGAGACUUGUAAACUUGCAGGUGAACUGUGCAGGAAAUACUGGUUUCUAAAACAUUUGUUAUGGAAAACCCAUGGAGGUUUUUUUUCUUUUGGAAUAGACUUUAUAAAACAAUGUAAAAUAGUGUUUGGAGUGUCAAAAGUUGGUUCUGACAGAACAUUUUAAGAUUGUGCAAUGAUGAAAGGAAGACUACUGUAUAGUUUUGUUGACAAAGAAGGCUCUGCUUAAGGGUUGAGUACUUUACUGGAGUAAAACUGCAUAAGCCUGCUCCCUUUGGAUAAAACUAGUGCUUACCUGUUUAAAACUUGUAUUUAGCUUUUGUUUGGAAUUGGAAAAAAUUGGAACUUAAAUAAAUUAGGUGAAAGAUGA